CGUCCGCUUUUAGACACUUACGCGUUCGCUGUUUAUGCAUUACGACCAAGUGAUUAGAAGUAGUUGGAGCGAUAAAGAAACUUAAAAAAAAAAAUAAAUAAAUAAGUGGAAAACGUUGAAAUAGUUCGACGAUUACAAUAUAGUCAAACGGUUUUCACAAGCAAAAGAGUUGGAUUCCAACGAGCCAAGAUAUAUUUUCUCCGUUUCCUGUAGAACGAAAAAUAGAAGAUAAAUAAGUCAUGGAAGUGAGCAAGAUAAAAAGUCCCCUUUAUAGUCGGUAGGUGUUUGGUGACCGUGGUAAGUGGGGGUAAGCGGAAAGGUGGGCGGCCAGUGGGCCCACAGGUGCGGUCGGACCCAAGUGCGGCUCGACGAUGCUACGUGCCGUGUCUCGUGCUUCUCUUGACCAAAGUUUCACUACGCUUUCCUCGCGCUUCCAUCUUACGUAUCGUUUUUAGUCGACCUAGAUAUACACCAGGCCGUUUCUUUUUUUCUCUUGGUUUUUUCUUUCUUUCUUUCUUUUUUUUUCUCUUUGUCAUCCAGUUCCACGAAGACUUUCUUUGACGGUACCAUUCUAGAAGGAAAGAAAGAGGGACGUUCCUAUCUCAGCAUCGGGUAAACAAGAAAUGUGAUAAGGAUGCACUGCAAAGAAGUGUUAAGAUUCGCGCUUUGAUCUAAGAUUAUUCUUGAAAAUAAUGAAGACGUUCGAACGAUUUUAAAAAAUCAGUGAUCAGCGAUCAGAGAACGGAACGGUUUCGAUCGCCCUUUAUCGAAAAUAGUUCCAUCAGUUACGUGACAUGCAUCACGAUGGAUACCUCGUACGUAGCAGUUGUUAUUUUACUGUCGACGACGAUCAUAGCUUGGGCAGAAAUCGACUGUAACGAUCCUAACUGGCACAAUCUUGAGACUAACGAAAGUUCGAUACAUAAUUGCGGAGAUGCUUUUAAAAAUCGUUGUCAUUGUUUAAGGACAUGUUACGACGGUCAUCACCAAUACGUCGUGAAUUGUACGAAUUCAGAAUUUUACGAUACCACGCCACUGGAACAUCUUCCUAAUGCGACUCAGGUAUUAAUAUUCACGGGUAAUAAUCUCAAAGAAUUACCAUGGAACGUAUUCGGCACGUUGGACAGAUUGCCAUAUUUGCGAGUGAUCGAUAUGUCUAAUAAUAAAAUUCGGGAAAUUCGUGGAAAAGCUUAUCACCAUGUUAAACAAGUGGAACGCCUUAUUCUUGAUUUUAACGAGCUUUCACUCGACCCUAGUAGAAGUCAUCCUAGAGUGUUCUCCAACUUCGUAUCUCUUUUAGAGUUGCAUUUAACAGACGCUUUCGAGGAUGGUCAACCGAAAGAUCUAGCGGCCACUCUUCACGAUAUAUUCGUUAAUAGCAAUCUCACUCAACUCAUGAAAUUGCAUUUGGAGCAAAAUGAGAUAUCAGAGUUCAGAGAUGCAAACGUUUUCUGUGAUCUACCGAAUCUUUUGGAUUUACAUUUAGGAGACAAUGCUUUGAUGGGACUGCAUUUCAAUCUAUCCUGCCUUCAUAAGUUACGUUUUUUGGAUCUUCAGCGGAAUAAAUUUACGACCGUCUUAGAUUAUGAUAUUCGUGUUAUGGAAUCGCUCGUUAAACAGAAUCAGUCUUUCACUGUGGAUUUCUCAAAAAAUCCAUUUGUGUGUUCCUGUAAACUUAAUCCCUUUAUUAAAUGGAUGAACAAAACCAAAGCUUUCAUAAGAAAUAAGAGCAGCUUACAAUGUUUAGAAGAUGGAGUGCUACAGAAAAUUCAUGAAACUGAUAAUUGUUCUCUAAGAUUAAGAAUGUCUAAAAAAGGAACUACAGUGGCACUUUAUUUCUUAUCAUUUCUGCUCGUUGUUUUAGUAUGUGCUCUCAUUUAUCUACAACGUAUAAAACUCCAGAAAAAAUUUGAGCCAAUUUUAAAUUCUGUUAAUAAAAGAGUUCGGUACACUACUAUAGCUACUGGAGAAACCCGUGAGGAUGUAUAAGAUUAUGUAGUAAAUCGAAGGUUUACUAUAAGUUUCUUAUAAUAUACUAUUACCAAUAACUUAAUGAACAUUCAUUAUUAUAAUUACUAUAAAAUAAUGAAAUAAAUUGUUGUCUUUGUUUAAAACUU